UGAAACGUUUCAAAAGCAAUAAGGAGAAAAUUGGAAUUCGACCGUUGAAACAUUUUGAACCCACUUACUAAAAAGUAAAAACAUAUAAUUAGGCAACUCUCUUCCCUCUGUUCUUGUACAAUUUCAGUCGCAAAUCCUCUUAUAUUUUGAAUUGUCUAAAAUGGGAAAUCCAUCAGAUAAAAUGCCCUUAAAAGAAAUAAACCAAUCAACAGUUGGUUACGAAACACCGCCUUUUCUGAAUCAUGAUCAGAAAACUGAAGACAUCCAAAAUUCUAUGGAGAAAAUUGAAGACAUCCAAAAUUGUAGGACUCACACUGACAGGCAUGACAGCUGCAAGUGCAAAGUUUCAACUGGGUUAGUCACUCCAGACCGCCUUAAACUCCCGAAAGCGUUUAAAUAUCCUGAAAGGUAUACCAGUCCAACAGACAAUAUAUUGUCUCCAAUUUCGAAAGGUCUUCUUGCCCGAAAAAGCACAAGAGGCGGUGCUCUCUUGCCACCAUCCUUAAUUCACUCCAAGAUUCAGGAAAUGCAAUCAGCGAAUGUGGACCAAAAUUAAUCAAACAUGGAGCAAUCAAUUUGAUGGCUAUUAAAGAAAGCAUAUUCGAGUUCUGACUUCUGACUUCUGGUCUAGCUUCUACAAGCAUUGUAAUUGUACUAACUAAUUAAUUCCAUUUGUUUUACGGACUACUUCUGCUCAUAAUAAUAUGUUGUUCAAUGCCUUUGUGGA